AUGCCGCUUAUCAAGUUGACCCCUUUACAAGCAAGAUUUACAGCAUGCCUCUCUGCGUCGGUCGUGCUGUUGUUGCUUUAUUUAACUUUAACGAAACCAUCCUUUGCAUACGCCCUGGAGGCUGACUCCUCUCGGAUAUCUUCUGAAGACCACAACUUUUACGUUCUACAAGACAGGGAUGAAGGGCAGGAGACGGAGGAAUCUAGAAUAACAGUGCGCGCUGAAGUCGGAGUGUCAGCGCUCGCCAACAACGACCCCGCGAGCAGUAAUAUCGAGAUUGGCCAGACCCAGAACUGGGUAUUUCCAAGAGAUGCAAUAAAUGGACCGCAUGGGACACCUGGGGUCGGUCUACCAGGCGCAAAGGUUGAGGAGACAGAGUUACUGCUGGAACGGCACGAAUUUAGAAAAAGACAGACGGGAAACAAAGUCUACAUCACUCUCAACACGUGUCUGCAGCCUUCGCCCAAUGCGACCAACGCAAUACCUCCUCAAUUGCAGAUGUACAUUUCCUUGUCCGAGUCAAACCAGAAACCAGGCCCGGGAACCGGUGAUCCGGACCAACAGACCAUUACAGUUGAUGGCGGGUAUGCGAUGUUUGAGGCGGACGCCGACAGUGAUGUGUACGUGGGCAUCUCUGCGCCCAACACCACGGAUUUCUCUGGCAUCUGGAAUUACAACAUUGCUGCGUCGAUUGAUGCGCCUUUCCACGGGUUCGAGGAUCCGGAAGUCAAGAACUUGUAUUUCGUCGACGGGGACAAUCAUGCUGCGCUGCUGAUUACAAAUGACACAACACAGGCUCUUCCCAAUCAGACCAUCUAUGAAGAAUGGAUGAAACUGAGUCCUCCGUGGGGUGUCUUUGCAACGAACCAGAAUCAGCGGGAAAUUCUUGGGAUUCAAAAAUCGUUCUGCGGCUUAAAAAACAACGCACGACUGGCAGUGAAUAUCGACAACAUCACCAACCAAAAUGUCGCCCAGAUGACCAACAGAGGGUUGGGUGGCAAGCCGAAAGAGCAGUUCUACAUCACAGGUCUCAACGCCACCUCCAAAUACUGGGGUAUGCUGGUCAUGGAAGGCAACUCGACAGACUCGGGCGCCGGCGUGGUGGGAGGAGGUGGCACCGUCUGGGCAGCCAUGGAAUUCGAGACCAAGACCGACAACAACUGCCGGCUGAUGUACAACCUCUCGUUCUGCUCAGAAGUGGCCUACGCUGUCCCCAGCAACCCGAACAAAUUCUCGCCAGAGACAGGCCUGCCAGACCUAGCCGCGUUGUACGACUCUUACGCGGCUCAAAUGUACCAAUACUUCAACUACUCCUUGCAACAAAUCCCGUGUAACACCACUUCCAGCGCCCAGUACUCUCUGGCCCGCAACUGCGACGAUUGCGCUCGGGCAUACAAACAAUGGCUCUGCGCCGUGACGAUUCCCCGCUGCGCCGACUUUUCAAGCUCGGCUUCGUUUCUCAAACCGCGAAAUCUAGGCCAGCCGUUCAUCAAUGGCUCGAGCAUCUCAUCUGACCCGUCCCAAUUCAAUGUCAAGCAGGCCUCUCUCGAUGCCGUCGCCACGAAUUCUUCACGCAAUCCGCUCAUCGACACGUCCAUCCAACCGGGACCGUACAAGGAAGUCUUACCGUGCGAAGACCUGUGUUACGACCUCGUGCAGAGCUGUCCUGCGAGUUUGGGAUUCGCCUGUCCCCUGCGAGGAAAGGGCCUGGAGGAUAGUUACGGCAAACGGGUCAACGGGUCCGCCGGCGUCAUCAGCUGCAGCUACUUGGGCGCGGCGUAUUAUCUGAGCGGCACCACCGCCACCACCCUUUCGCGACCGAGUGUAUAUAGCGUGGCGUUCCUGGCGGUGCUUUUGGGUCUGGGGAAUAUAUUCCUCUAG